AAAUAAAACUGUUAGAUGGCGAAAAUUGUCUGCAAAAAGGAAAGUAGAUCAACGAAAAAUCGUGUUGUUUGGUUUCCAAACAAAAAGAAGAGAAAUUCCGGAUGUCGAGUAACGACUUAUGGGAAUCGUAUUGUUUUACAAUCAUGCCGUUGUUUGACAUUGUUCUGUGAGGCAUCUUCACUUGUGGGUCUUGGACAGAUUCAGAUAAUGGCAAACAGCAAUGGGGAAUCGAGUCCUCUAGCUCAACAGAACAUUCCACCCUUCUCGGUGAGAGAAGUCUACAAAGCGGGCUGGCUCAAGGGUGUAUCAUUCCCAGGCGAGAGGAGAGGAGUCAUCUUUGGCAAAAAGUAUGAACGUCUGUGGGCCCUCUUCUGCAUCCACGAUGAUGUCCAGCCAUUCCUGGAGUUUUACAUCGAACCCAAAGCCACUCCAAUGCACCAACCUAUUUGGGCCACAUCGCUGGCUCAGUGCAUGCAUGUCUCCCAUUCCAUCGCUUUGCAGGGUGACACCUUUGAGUUUGUGGUCACCUGUCGUGAGUGCACAGCCCUACGUCUGGGCGCUUCGACUCGCGAACAGAUGAACGAAUGGGUGGACGUUCUGAGGAACCGUCUUCGCGAUAUUGGUGUCCUCGAGCCAAAAGAGAAUUUCUACUCUCCCCUUCCAGAAUCUGCCAAACCUCCGCCCAUGACGAACCUCUCGUCCACCAGAGACCCCAAUUCGCCUCUGCCACUUCCGCCAGCCAGCCGGAAUGCAAUCCGUUCUGAUCAGCAGCAGCAGCAACCAGACGUGCUUUACGCCGACACAAUCGAGUCGCAGGUGACGACAGUGUCGCAGUCUGUGACCGGCGAUGCAGUCGAGUCUCACGUCACCGUCAUCUCUGUCAACGAAGACAUUUCGGAUGAUUCAACCUUCCAUGCCAUCGAACCCAGUGCCGUUCCAGCAUCCACGCCCAGUAUGUUUUCGACGCGUGUACGAAUCGCCAGUGCGCCGAGUUCCUUGCGCGAAGCCAUCCAAGUCGAAAACAGUUACGAGGCCAUAUUUAGCUCUUCUUCUUCUUCUGCUCUCCCUCUUCUCGCUACCCCUGCGACUCCCACAACGACCCAUCACCGGAGUAGCCGGCAGCUACCGGAGCUUCCUCCAGGCCCACCAGCAGCAGCAGCAGCAGCUCAUCCAGCCGAUCACGGGGUGGUCGUGCGGACGCCGUCACAUCACCACCAUCCUUUGACACAUCACAACAUUGGAGCCCACGGACAAGCCCAACGAACUCGCGAGGGUCUGAGACGGACCAUGAGCGUCGGGCAAGAGCAUCAGCAUCUCCAUCCUCAGAUGCCGCGAUCCAUCCCUCCGCCUCCGUUGCUUUUGCAACCGGGACCCCCUGGCCGUGGGGGCAGAGAUGGAGGACUCGUCCUCAUGCCAAGGCCUCCGCCGAUGUUUGUCUCAUCUCCUCCGCAGCCUUCGACUAGUUCGCAUCACCCGCUGGGCACGAGACACAGCAGUCCCCUGUUCCGGCCGACUCCGUCCAAUCACCAAUCGUCGGGCAACGGUGCGGCUCUCCAGCCCGUCAACGCCAACCACGGCCCAGGUGGCCCGGAGUCAGGCUAUUCGCUGAAAGAGAGGCAAGUGGCCCGUCUGCGGAUGGAGAUGCAGCAUCCAGCCGGCGUCCGCAUCAUCCUUAAGAAGAGGGACUGCCACAACACGAUAGCUUUGAUCGACGCCCUCGGCACUGUUUGGGUGGCCGGAUGGCGGCAGAAAGAGAAGCCGCUACUUUACAACGUUUUCCAUAUCGGCGAUCAAAUCAUCCGCGUCAGCCAUUGCAACGUUUCCUCAUCGGUCGAUGUGAAUCGACUCAUCAAAAAUGAAUCGUCCGGCCAGAUUGAAUUUAUCGUUCGCCGGAUCCCUUUCGGUCGGGUGUUCCACCUGCGACGUGAGGCCGAGGGCCAAAGUUUGGGCAUCGUCCUCACCGAGGCGGGCGGCGGUGCAGAGAUCCGCGAAGUGGUGGCCGGUGGAUUAGCUGCCCAGCAAGGCGUGCCACCGAUGGCCCUGAGUCCGUUAACGCUCAUUUCAUCUGCCUCGUCGUCCUCGUCCCCGAUGCCCUGCUCUUGGACGUUGACCGAGAUCAACGGCCGCCCACUGAAUCUUUGCUCCAAGGAAGGCGAGGCGAGAGACCGGCUCAACGCGGUCGGCAAGGCCGUUUCCAUCCUCAUCCAGCCGACCGAAUUCGUCAAAUUACUCAAGAAGCAAAUCAAGAGCAUUCGCGGAUACAAGGAAUAUCUACUCGGCUAGACCACAACGACAUAUCAUCACAUUGGCUGCAACUUUUCCCUUUUAAUUUUAAUUUUAAUUUUUGUUGUUUUUCUUCAAUAACUUGAUGUCCUGCCCAACGAAGAAAAAAGCACAACGACCUAUCAAACAUUUCCCAACCGAUUUAAUUAUUAUAUACAUAUACAUUUCCGAAGUGUUGAUGAUGACCAUAAUACCCCACCCCACUUUUGUUUAUUUACCUGUUUGGAUUUUUGCGGUUUUGUCUCUUCUCCAAGAAGAAGAAUCCCCGUCUCUCUACAUUUCCCUCUCUCCCUCUCUCCUACAGCUUUCGUGACUGUGAUAAUUAAAAAACAAUUUUUGUCAAAAACAAAACAAGCCGGGAUGAAAUAAAUCAGAAAACUACAAAUUCAACCAAAAAAAGAAAAGAAAAAUAAUGACGGUCGUUGUCGCAUUACCAAAAAAUAAAGCGACGACAUCCGCCACCUCUCUCACCUGCCGCCGGCUGGAAGUCACGACGAGAGUCAAAGCCACAAGUCGACUAUGAGCGCGAUCGGAAUUCAUAUAUAUUUGAUUGUAUAAGGUGUUGAAACAUUGAACGAACGAGCGGAGGAGAAGAGGUUGAAACAAUUGAUUAACAAAUUCGGGAAAUGACGUAAUAAGACACGUAAUCGUGAAAGGGGGAUAAAUAAAAGUGUUAAAUAGAGAUUUCUAUAGCAUCGUAUUACGGUGUAUCAUUUAACGCGUCCAAUUUUUGUUUUGUUCUCAGGCGUCAUCACAGUUUCAACGCACUGUUCAGUCAUUUGUCUCUUUUGAAAUUCAGACAAGUUACUGGCCAUUACGAUGAUCGUUUGUAUAUAAAUGUUUGUCAAUGAAUGGGAUGCAGAUAAGAGGAUAAGGUAAUGUUAUAUGACGUUGAAGAAUGCAUACCGUAAUAGUUUGUUUUGUUUGCGACGACGAAACUGAAAACCAAAAAUAACAAACACCAGCCUGGAUUGAUUGACUUGACCGUUGAAUCCAACCAAUUAAUCCAGUCCAAAAAAUAUGAAGAAAAUGAAGAAAAGAGUUUGGAAAAAUAAACGGCAUCAUAUCGGAUUAGAUAAACAUACAAAGAGACAAGGAGAUAUGAUGAUAGUCAAGUCACGAGAGUCGCAAUGUCCUGAUGAGGGUAGAAGGAUUAAUGGAUGAGGUACACAAGGACAUACGGACGACGACGCCCCGGCAUU